GGCCUCUGACCUGUUUCUACUGGACACACGGGCAGUGUGGGCUUCAGAGGAGGGCUGGCUGGAGUUUGAUGUCACUGCCACCAGUAACAUGUGGGUGAUGAACCCUCAGCACAACAUGGGACUACAGUUGAGCGUGGUGACCCGAGAUGGUUUCAGCGUAAAUCCUAGGGAAGCAGGCCUUAUAGGUCGAGAUGGCCCUUAUGACAAACAGCCCUUCAUGGUGGCCUUCUUCAAAGUGAGUGAAGUCCACGUACGGACCACUAGGUCAGCGACAAGCAGGCGCAGGCAGCAGAGUCGAAACCGCUCCACCCAGGCACAGGAUGUUUCCAGGGUGUCUAGUGUCACAGAUUACAACAGCAGUGACUUAAAAACAGCGUGCAGAAAGCAUGAGCUUUACGUUAGCUUCCAAGACUUGGGAUGGCAGGACUGGAUAAUCGCUCCAAAGGGCUACGCGGCCAACUAUUGUGAUGGGGAGUGCUCAUUCCCACUGAAUGCCCAUAUGAACGCCACCAAUCACGCCAUCGUACAGACUCUGGUUCAUCUUAUGAAUCCUGAUUACGUUCCCAAACCAUGCUGUGCACCUACCAAACUCAAUGCCAUAUCUGUUCUUUAUUUUGAUGAUAAUUCUAAUGUAAUCUUGAAGAAAUACAGGAAUAUGGUAGUAAGAGCUUGUGGCUGUCACUGA